GUGGAGAGAAGGAGAGGGGAUAGAAGUGGAGAGAAGGAGAGGGGGAUAGAAGUGGAGAGAAGGAGAGGGGGAUAGAAGAGAGAAAUGGAGAGAGAAGGACAAAAGGAGAGGGGGCCUGGGUGAGUUUCCAAGCCCAGGACGGUGAACCCUGAUCGGGGGGUUAGACCAGGACUCUGGAGUUCCUUUGGAGAGAUGAGGACCUCUGAGAAGACCGUGUUUAGACACAGGUGAAAAUCAAAUGAAUCCUGACUCUAAUGGAUCCUGUGAUUACAACAUGGAUUGACCUUUUCUUCUUCUGAUCUGAAGGAAUAUUUAAGUUUUUUAUGUGGACGUUUUUCUAUGUGGAAAUGUGUCUAUUUUUCUGCAUGAAUUUGGAGUUUCAAAUCUUUCUGGUGUGGAUUUUAAGGAGGCUGUUUAGUUGACUCUGGAUCUGAAACUGCCUCCACUCAUCUGAAGGGAUUUAAACAAUAACUAUUUUGGCCUUGGAUUUUUUUCACAUGUUGUGUAUUUUUCCGAUAUGUUUUUUUCCCGUGCAGUAGUUGAGACUACUUUGUAACCUUGGUAACCAAGCGGUAACCAGGCGUCAACUGAGCGGUAACCAUGGCAGCAGCCUAUCGAGUGGUAGUGAGCAGUGUUAGUUGCUACAGCAGCGUGGUGGUGGACCGUCGGGCUCAGAGUCACGCGGUGCACUACUGCUCCGGGUCAUGUGGGGCGCUGUCCCAGGGACUGGACUGUACUGUUGCCCAUCGCAGCACCUGCUCCGAGCUGCUGACCGCCCCCUCACACACAUUCACACACAACCUGACCAGAAACGCUAACUCUCCUCACCAAAUCCCCAACAGCUCUAAACUUAGUAUGACCGGCUGUAAUGGGGGUAGUGGUGUCCCUAAUGAUCCUAACAGUGUGUAUGGUGUGGUGGGGGAGGACAGUCCUCCAUGGCGAGGUAAGAAGGCCAACACUACCACCACUACUACCAGCUCUGGUCCUGACCGGCCUCUCCAGAGCUCUGCCAGUCUGAAGGACAUCACAGGAGAAGCCAUCAACCUGGCCAGUGGCAAACUCAAAGAGUUCUCCUUCGAGAAGCUCCGCCUCUCCACCAGUCACGUGACCUUCAGGAAAGGUCGCAAGGUCAGGCCGGAUUCGUACAGCCGUCGGUCAACGGACCUCGACAUUGUCUACGGACACUUCACUGGGAACGUCGGAGGAACGGGGAAUGGGACUAUUACCGGAAAUGGAAACGCCAAUGAUGAGAACCUGCCUCCUUUCAGCGACACCACCAAGGUGCUCAAAGGCCUAUCGCCUGCUAGCAUCACCGCCGGGGGCGGGUCUCUAUCCACAACCAGCCUAUCCAGUGUCUCCAGGGCUGGGGGCGGGUCCACCAGUAGCCUAUCCAGCGCCUGCUCUGGUUCCUUGGAGGCGGGGCUAAACACAGUGGCGUCUCUCUACCUCAGCUCAUUAGCCGACGAGUCCCUCAUCGCCCGGUUACUGGAGAAGACCCGUGCAGGGGAGGAGGGAGGAGUGGGAGGAGCCGGGGGGGAAGACAUACGGGCCUGUCUGGACAUUCUGGUCAAGUGUUCAGAGGACUUGAAGAAAUGUACUGACAUCAUCAAGCAGUGUAUCAGUCGGAAGAGUCCCGGGGAGGAGAAGAUGGGGAGCCAGUCCAGAGAGCAUCUACAGAGCUGUGAUGACCAGACUGAGCUCCUAUCUGAGGAAACUGCCUCUAGAGCUGGAGGGGGCUGGGUUAGGGUUAGGGUCAGGGGCUGGAGGUCAAGGUUCAGGGAUUGGAGGUCAUAG